AUGAAAUUGAAGUGUCACUGUUUUACUUGGAGUCAAUGUUUGUCUGGGUGUUUCAUACAACAAAUUUUGAUUGUAGGAGCAAGUGUGGGUUUUAUUAUUCUAUCUGUGGCUAGUUCCUCGUUGUACAUGUUAUAUCAAAGAAGAAAACUCUUGAAACUAAAAGAGAAAUUCUUUAAACAAAAUGGCGGUUUCAUUUUGCUACGCCAACUUUCUAAAAGAGAAGACGCAUCAGGAACUACUCAAAUUUUCAAAGAAGAUGAACUUAAGAAAGCUACCAACAACUAUGAGGAGAGUUUAAUAAUUGGCAGAGGAGGUUUCGGUACGGUUUACAAAGGAAUUCUAGCAGACAACAGGAUUGUUGCAAUCAAGAAGUCCAAAAUAAUGGAUGCCACCCAAGUAGAGCAAUUCAUAAAUGAGGUGGUUGUUUUGUCCCAAAUAAAUCAUAGAAAUGUUGUCAAACUCUUGGGAUGUUGUUUGGAGACACAAGUUCCUUUACUAGUUUAUGAAUUUAUUAGCAAUGGUACCCUUUUCGAUUUGAUGCACACUAGUAUUGAAAAGGAAAAUAAUGCAAUAUGGAAAACGCGUUUAAGGAUAGCAGCGGAAAUAGCAGGAGCUUUAUCAUAUCUACAUUCAUCUGCAUCCUUACCAAUUAUCCAUAGAGAUGUCAAAAGUGCCAACAUUCUCUUGGAUGACAAUUACACUGCAAAAGUGUCUGAUUUUGGUGCUUCAAGAUUGGUUCCACUUGAUCAUACUAUGAUAGCCACUGUGGUACAAGGAACUCUUGGCUAUUUAGAUCCAGAAUAUAUGCAAACACACCAACUAACAGAGAAAAGUGAUGUUUAUAGCUUCGGGGUAGUACUGGCAGAGCUCCUAACGGGGGAGAAACCUAUUUCUUUUAAUAGACCAGAAGAAAACAGAAGCCUUGCAAUUCACUUCUUAUCUUGUUUAAGAGAGAAUCAUGUGUCUGAAGUUCUUCAAGUUGGUAUUUUGAAUGAUGAGAACAAGGAGGAGAUUAAGGAAGUUGCUAUUCUUGCUGCAAGGUGCUUGAGACUUAAAGGCGAGGAAAGACCUAGCAUGAAAGAAGUGGCUAUGGAGCUAGAGGGGUUAAGGUUAAUGGAGAAGCACCCUUGGACAAAAUCAGAGAUAAAUCUCGAUGAAACUCAAUCCUUGCUUCAGGGGGUGUCAUCCAACUUUAAUUAUGAAACUGGUGAUAGCAGCAGCAACCAUGAAUUUAGUGGGUACGACAGCUUGAAAGUCCAUGCACCAAUGUCCUUGGAUGAUGGAAGAUGAUUAUGAGUGACACGUCGA